AUGGCUUUGAGACAGGAGCAGCAGAAGAACCAUGAGGAGGAGGAGAAAGAGGGGGGGCAAGAGGAGGAGACUGAGACAUGGUUGACAGGAUACGCGGAGGAAGCGAAGAAGAAAGAGGAGGAGGAGGAGGAGGAGGAGGAGAAGCGUCGACAGAGGCUGAAGGAGGUAGAUGGAGAUCUGUUGCAGCUCGCCAGGUACCUCGGGAUGGAGGACAACGACGAGGACUUGCUGUGGAUCGCAGAAGCAGCAGCAAACGCUCCACUUCCUAUCGGGUGGACUGAGCAUGAGACGGAGGAGGGAUCGAUCUUCUAUCACUCUGAGCGGACGGGCGAGUCUUCGUGGGAGCAUCCGAGCGACAAAGAUUUCAAGCAGCUCGUGAAGAAGAUCAAACAACAUGAGCAAGCUUCACUAGUGGAGGAGGACGAAGAGGACGAGGAGGACGAGGACGAGGACGAGGACGAGGAGGAGCAGGACGAGGACGAGGACGAGAAGGACGAGGACGAGGAGGAGCAGGACGAGGACGAGGACGAGGACGAGGACGAGGACGAGGAGGAGGACGAGGAUGGACUAACUUGA